GUGUUAUUGAGAUUCUGCGGGGCUACCACAACGACAUGAGUGGCUACAUCCUCGGGAACCCGACGUUAUCCGAGCAUCGCGCCCAGUUGUCUGAGAUGGCACGCAGAUUCCGAGAGUGUGCCAAUCUGCUGACCGAGCUGUAUUUCUUUGAGCCGCCCUUGGAUAGAUUUGUGUCUGAGGUUCAGGUCCUGCUUCACCAUGGCGCAGAUAGUGCGCAGAGUGCAAUUGCAGUCAUCAACGUGGCCGAAAUCAAAGCUCGAGAUGCUGGUCGUUGA